AGUGACCCCACCGCCCCAUCCUGUAUUUACUGCUGGUGAAAAUGGCCGCUACAUAUGCUGCCGAAAUUUCACAGAGACAAACAAAAACUACUUUCACACUCGGCUAAAUGAAACGGAUGCAACGCGAACGCCGUGAGCGAAUAUUGUAUAACGCAAAACGGAGUUCAUUUCGUUCCGUGCCGCCACUGAAGUGUUGUUUAACAGUGUAAGCGCUAAUUUUAGCUCAAGCUAACAGUCGGCAGCGCGCACGCGCCUGUGUGUGUUCGGGCUCGCGCAGAACCGGAGAGUCCAAUGGCUGACCCGAGAAAAGUCCCGUUCGUCACGCUCGCCUCAUUCAGCACCACACCGGCGGCCCCCGAGUCAAAGAAGCGCCGACGGGAGGACGAGGAGAAUCCACCGAGUGCCGGUGUGACCGGCGGGGGGCUGUUCGGUACCGGGAAACCGGCAUCGGAUCUCGGCGAACCCAAACGCACCGUCCGCCUGAACCUGAACCUGUCAGAACCGAGCGAACAGCGAUCAGCCGAGUUCAACUACAGCGAGCUGGUCCAGUCCAACCUGCAGGUGAGGAAGGUUCCUCAGGGUCUCACUCCAGCUCUGGACCCCAGCGACCCGUUUGCAGAUGAAGACAAAGAGCGGCAAGAAGUCGAGGCUCUGGCCAGGAAAUUUGAGAGCAAAUAUGGAAACACUGUUAAGAAGAAGAGACGAGACCGGAUGCAGGAUCUCAUCGAUAUCGGUUACGGCUACGAUGAAACGGAUCCGUUUAUCGACAACUCUGAGGCCUACGACGAGCUCGUUCCCGCGUCUCUGACCACUAAACUGGGCGGUUUCUACAUCAACACCGGCACGCUGCAGUUCAGAGCCGCGUCUGAAUCCGAGGGAGAAGACGGAAGAAAAGAUGGCAACCACUUCAAGAGGGAUGGAGAGGAGCGGGUGAUAAAGAGACGGAAAAAGAAGCAGGACGGCGGUCUGGAGGAGAAGAAACCCAGGAAAUUCAAAGUACCCAAACCAGGUGUUUCUGCUCUGAACCGGCCGGAGAAGAAGAAGAGGAAGAAGCUGAUGAAGGAGACGCUGUCUCUGGCCGCCAUGAUCCGCCGCUUCACCCGUGAGAAAGAGGAGAUCCGCAAGAAGACCCCGGCGGCCCCCGUGAAGCUCAUCCGUGCUCCGCCGAGCGCCGCCGCCGCUCCCAGCGCUGACCUGUCCAUGGCCGAUCUGACCUCUGACCCGGUGGUGAUGUCGCUGCUGGGCGGAGCCACGGAGAACGACAUGCUGCAGGAGCUGAUGGGUGAUCUGGACUUCGGCCUGCUGGACUCUCCCGGGCCGUCCAGUCCUGGACAGAGUGAGAACGGCCCCGCGGCGGCCCAGAAAGCGGGAGGAUUGGGGCGAGUGCAGAAGACGGGGCUGAUGCCGCCACCUCUUCCCAACAGCCUUCCUGCUCCGCUUCUCAAACGCAUCGAGGACCUGCGCACGGCGUCUCGUCAGUUCGAUGUGGAGGGCAGGAAGAAGUUUUUCACACUGGACAUGAACAACAUCCUGCUGGACAUUGAGCUGCAGGUGCAGGAGCAGCCCGUGUCGGUGCGCGCCUCCGUCUACUCUCAUCUGGAGGCCUUCGUGCCAUGCAAUAAAGAGGCUCUGCUGAAGCGGCUGAAGAAGCUGAGUCUGAACAUCCAGGACGACCGGCUGCGGACGCCGCUGCACAAGCUCAAGCUGGCCGUGUGCAGCGUCAUGCCGGAGCAGAUCGCGCGAUACAACAUGGACUGCAUGGCCAAAGUCGCCAAGCAGCAAACGGAGGACGGCGACAGAAACGGCUCCGAGGACGACGAUGAUGAGAAGCCAGGAAAAAGAGUGAUGGGACCCAGGAAGAAGUUUAUGUGGGACGACAAACUCAGGUCUCUGCUGUGUAGUCUGGUGCGGGUGAAGCUGGGCUGUUACGAGCUGGAGGGUCAGAGUUCACUCUCGCCUGAAGAUUACCUGAAAGUCUUCAUGGAGACGGAGGUCAAACCGCUCUGGCCUAAAGGAUGGAUGCAGGCCAGGAUGCUGUUUAAAGAGAGCCGGAUGGCUCACAGUCAUCUCACAGGAAAUACAGUAAAGAAAAGGAUGUUAGCGGCUCCGAAAGCGAAGCCCAAGCCUCAGGACAGCGGUGCAUGUCAGCGUCCAUCCAUCUCUGUGGACUCCACACCUCCUCCAGCCGUCUCUGUAGACGCCGCUCCUCCUGCGCGGUCCCCGCCGGAGCCCAUCUGCCUGUCGGACUCUCUAGAUGAGGACCUGAGGGCCCCGUCGCUGGACUCCAUCUCUCACGCUCUGGCCAUGCUGGGCAGCGCCGCCAAAGACCUGGCCCAGUCCAACAGCUCACCGUCCGCCGACGCGCCUAAACCGUCCCAGUCCCUGCACGCGUCUCCACACCUGCCCAAAAAGAGCGGUAGCAUCCCUCCUCCUCCCAGCGUCCUCUCCUCGCCCGCACCUCCAGCUGUUAAAGGCGUCCUGCCGUCGGUUCAGAGACAUUCAGUUAUUCCCGCUCAGCGACCAGCCGUGACCCCGCCCACCAAGAUGGGCGUGUCUCCAGCUAAGCCCCGCCCUCCUCCAACGGCAUCACCUCUUCACGCCCCUCAGAAGAUUCCGGCGGGAAAAACAGUGGUCGCCAUGCCGACAGGCUUUAUCAAAACCAGCAAUAACAGCUCAUCACCGGCACAGUCACGUGCGCUUCCCGCCACUUCUUCAGCGUCGCUUAUAAACGUCAAAUCCGUGCAGCCUUUCCACAUGACGCCGCAAGCCAAAAACCACGAGUCGCCCAAACCUGGCUUCAUCACGCCCAUGCAGGCCACGCUCACCAAAUCGCCCCACAACCCCAGCUCACCUAUCAUUAAACUCACACCCACCGCCUCGCCCGUCGUCUCCAGGCUGCCCACAUUACCCAGCAUGCACCAGCACGCCUCCAAGAGCCCGGGCUUCCACACAGGGUUCGUCUCCAGCGGUUACAGCGCCCCCGUGGGGCAGAAGACUUCUUCUCAGGGCAACACUAUCUCUGGACUCGCCACGACAACCGCAGCUGUCGCCAAGCAGCCGGCCACCAGUGCGUCGCCCAUGGCAGGGACAGCCAAUCACAGUCAGCGACACCGACAAGUGGGUGGAGCUAAUCAGGGAAUGAAGACAAUCACGUCUGUGUCUACGGCCACAGCGUCUCCACUCUCACAGGUGUCUUCCUCCAGCGCUCUGCUCGGGUCGGCCGGUCCAUCUCUGCCGCUGGGUUUCGGGAUGUUGGGGGGUCUGGUUCCCGUCUCUCUCCCGUUCCAGUUUCCAAACCUGCUGAAUCUGCCUUCCUCUGUGGUUUCCACGGCGACCACCGGAGGCUCGACCAACGCCAGCAGCUCAGGGUUCACCCUUCCUCAGAAUGUGUUAAAGGGUCUCAUAUCAGGGGCUCAGGCUGCUCUGCCGCCACACUUGCAGCUGGCUUGCUCAGAUGUCAAUCAAACUCAGGGCGGAGACUUGAAGAGGAAGAACUUAUGACAUCAUAGAACCUUAACCCAGGACUGACUCCGCCCACUUAUGCAUGGUCUGCUGGCCAUCCAAUGAGACGGAACCAUUUUUAUACACAUUUGAAUAUUGAUGCUGAUAAAUGAUGUUUGUCUGAAUGAUGCUCCGUGGGUUGUACAUAUGUAUCAAUGUUUACACAGACGGACCUGAUCACUGUGACGGGGAGGGAAACACGAGUGUGUGUGUGUGUGUUAGCAUGUUGAUUAGUGCGCAGCUUCUGUAAAUGAGGGAUUGUUUGUUUUUUAGGGCGUGUAUGAAUAUUGACGGGUGUUCCUCCCUCUCUGGUGUGGGUCGGUGUCUCCGGUGCUGUACACCAACAAAACACCCUUUAAAAUGUUCAAACAAACUGAAAACCAAAUGCUGAAGGGCAUUGUAAUAUACUUGAAUUUUCAGGAUUUGUUUACUUGCAUUUCAGGACACAAGCAAAAUAAAAAUGCAGAAGCCUUAGUCAGAA